AUGUCCCCUCAUGACUACGCGGACCAUCAAUCAGAAUCCGUCGCCGAUGCGGUGACCGCGAUGAAGCUGGAGUCCGACAUAUCGCCCGAAAUCUCAGCCGUUAACGGUGGAGGAACCAUGAUCAAAGACGAAUCGUCGAACGCGGCCUCUAACGCCUCCCCGAUCCCUACCCCGAAGGAACAAUCACGGUUAUCCUCUCGAUCCCCGGCCAAAAAGGAAGAGAGUGAGGAGGACGAGCAAAACUCGACAGGGAAGGACGACAACCAUGUGGACAAACUGGAGGAGAGAGUCGGGGGCGACAUUAUUGUCAAACUCGAGCCCGGCCAGCCUCCCAAAUUGACACGGAGCUCCUCGCAGAAGGUUGUUGCGAGGCCGCCGCAGUUUUUCUCCCAUCUGCCGGAUAGCACAGCUGAGGCUGAGGCGACGUUUGACCUGUUGGAUGCAUGCACGUACGCGAAUAAGUUUAUGGGUUAUACCGAACAUGCGAUGGAGUGCGAUUGUGCAGAGGAAUGGGAACCGUCGGUCUCCAAGAAUCUGGCAUGCGGUGAAGACUCGGACUGCAUCAACCGCGCAACCAAGAUCGAAUGCAUGGGGGAUUGUGGAUGUGGGCCAGAAUGCCAGAAUCAACGGUUCCAGCGAAGGGAGUAUGCUCCGGUGGCCGUGAUCAAAACGGAAAAGAAAGGUUUCGGUCUCCGGGCGGAGGCCGACCUGCGACCGCACCAGUUCAUCUUCGAAUAUGUAGGUGAAGUCAUCAACGAGGCCCAGUUUCGUCGCCGCAUGAGGCAGUAUGACGAAGAGGGGAUCAAGCAUUUUUAUUUCAUGUCCCUCAGCAAGGGUGAAUUUGUCGAUGCGACCAAAAAGGGUAAUCUGGGCCGGUUUUGCAACCAUUCGUGUAAUCCUAACUGUUAUGUCGACAAGUGGGUCGUGGGAGAGAAGCUCCGCAUGGGCAUUUUCGCCGAACGGCACAUCCAGGCUGGCGAGGAAUUGGUCUUCAACUACAAUGUCGACCGCUACGGCGCAGAUCCUCAACCGUGUUACUGCGGCGAGCCUAAUUGUACCGGCUUCAUUGGGGGAAGAACCCAGACUGAGCGGGCCACGAAGUUGUCGAAUGCUACGAUCGAAGCUUUGGGCAUCGAUGAUGCCGACGGCUGGGACACUGCCGUUGCUAAGCGGCCACGCAAGAAGAAGAUGGGCGAGGAUGAUGAGGAGUAUGUGGAUAGUGUGCAGCCGAAGUCUUUGGAGGAAAACGGCGUUACCAAGGUCAUGGCGGCUCUCAUGCAGUGCAAGGAGAAAUGGAUUGCGGUCAAGCUUCUGGGACGGAUUCAGCGCUGUGACGAUGAACGAGUCCGAAAUCGAGUGGUGAAAAUGCACGGGUACCAGAUUCUGAACUCCCAGCUGGGCAUGUGGAAGGACGAUUUCAACGUGGCUUUGCAGAUUCUGGACAUCCUGGACAAAUUCCCUCGUCUAACACGAAACAAGAUCAUCGACUCCAAGAUUGAGUCUACCAUCCAACCACUCACCAGCUGUAGUGAUGAGCGCGUGGAGAAGAAAGCAGCCAUGUUGCUGCAAAGCUGGUCGACCCUCGAGGUGGGCUAUCGCAUUCCCCGCAUGAAACGGGAUCCCAAUGCCACGACGCCGGCUGUCAAUCAGUUCGAGCGGCGAGAGAUCACUCGGGAUGAGCGACGGCGGUCAAAAUCUCGCUCAAGGUCAAGGUCGCGGUCAAUCGAAGCGCCUCGUGGCCCGGCUGCCCAGGCACGAGGCGGACAUGGCCAGAGGAACACCCAUCAUCACGGUCCCCGGCCCUUUCGUCGACAGUUCAAUCCCCUUCCGCCAGGCUGGUUCGCAGCUGAAUCGAACGGGAGGACAUAUUACUACUCAGCUCGUGGCGAUACUACUUGGACUCGACCAACCAAGCCCGCCCCUCAACCGCCCCCGCCCCCGAAGGAGUCGAGGGACAAGGCCCUGCAGGAUAUUAUCGACGGCAUUAUGAACGCAAAGGAAAACACGCCGAAGGAGAAGACUGGAACGCCAGUCACACCACAGGCUUCCAGGCCAACGCCGGAUAGCAAGGAUGGCCAAGAAAAGUGGAGGACCUAUAGCGAAGAAAAGCGGAAGAAGAUCUAUGAGAAUACCCUUUAUCCCCAUGUCAAGUACGUGGUGGAUAAGUUCAAGCACAAGCUCCCGAAAGAUGACCUGAAACGCUAUGCCAAAGACGUGGCUAAGAAAUUGGUUAACUCGGAUUUCAAGAACAAUCGCGUCGGAGACCCUACCAAAAUCGACGAUAAACAGCAAAAGAAAGUCAAGAAGUUCUGCAAAGAAUUCUUCGACAAGGCCGUUGCCAAGCACCGCGCAUACGAACAGCGAAAGACAGAACGGCAGUCGAAGGGGGCGGACUUGAAACCGGAUGUCGAGGACGAAGCGCUGGACGUGAAGAUGUCUGACGAUGAGGACGACAGGGCUCCGGCGCAGGCUCAAGAGACCCCUACGACCAUGACGGACGAACUGCAGGGGAACCUUAAACGCAAAAGAGAAGAGCCUAGCACCGGUGAUGGAAGUACCACCGAGUACACCACCCCGUCUUCAAGCAAGAGACAACGGUCCUCCACGCCACCUCCACCACCGCCUCCUCCGAUGAGCCCCGGUAACGAGCUGGCCCAAAGUGGCGACGACAGCAAUAUGAAAAGCGAUACAGACGAGCCCACCCCGGCCGACAAACCACUCUUCGACUCUCCCCCACCACCACCUCCCCCCCCUCCAUUUCCCGGGCAGAAUUUCGAUUCGGAAGAAAAUGAUUUCAACGGCGAAGAGGGGGUCGGCGAGCUAAACCCAUCACAGAUUGGUAUCGAGGGACAAGUAUAG